AUGAGCACAACGAAUGAACCCAGAGGAGAGCUUCGAACGAGACAGAUCGCUUGGAAGCCACCACUCGCUGAUUGGAUACAAAUCCAAAGUGAUGGAUCAGUUCACCAUGAUUCAGGAAAGGCGGCUGCAGGUGGCCUCUUCCGGGACCAUCUUGGCAGAUGUCAUCGAGCAUUUGUCUGUAACCUGGGGAGCUGCUCGAUUACGUCUGCGGAGCUGAAAGGUGCAAUGGAGGGCCUGAAAAUUGCAUGGGACGAAGGCUAUAGGAAGAUUGAGCUCAAUUUGGACUCGGAGACGGCUAUCUCGAUCAUCAACAACCAUCUGGAUGAUGAACACAGACAUGGACAAGCUGCUGUUCAAUUUAGGAACCUUUUGGACCGGGAUUGGGAGAUCAAAAUCUCUCAUGUGUAUAGAGAGUCGAAUUGUGCUGCUGACUACCUUGCUAAUGCAGGGCACACCUCCCCUUUUGGCACACAUUCUUUCGAUGUGUGCGACCCGGGGCUUAGAUAUUGGCUUCACUACGAUGUAAUGGGCAUUGCCCAAGAACGUUCUUUUAAUCUAAUGCACUAG